AUGUUGGACUGUAAUCCUGUUAAAACCCCUAUGGAAAAAGGUUUGCAGCUUGAAGCGAAUAUCACUGGUCAAGAGCUUCACAAACCAUAUCGUGAACUUCUUGGAAGUAUUAUGUAUAUUAUGCUAUGUUCAAGACCGGAUAUAUGUUAUGCUGUAAGUUUCAUGGGGAGGUAUCAACAGAAUCCAUCCGAAGUGCAUUGGCAGCAUCUUAAAAGAAUCGUACGAUACUUACAAGGAACUAAGUCUUUAAAAUUAAACUUUAAUAGUACUCAAGACCCACCAGUGAUUGGAUAUGCAGAUGCGGAUUGGGCUUCUGACAUUGUGGAUAGAAAGUCAGUAAGUGGUUAUGUUUUCCAAGUUUAUGGAAGUUCUGUAUCCUGGUGCAGUAAGAAGCAAACCACCGUUGCUAUUUCAUCGAGCGAAGCCGAGUACGUUGCUUUGAGUUCUGCUGCUGCAUAA